AUGCCUUACGACACUAAGGAGGAGAUUCUGGCUCUGGGGGUCAUGGAUCCCGAACUGAAAGCUCUGCUCGAAGCCAAUCCUCCACCACCCAUGACGUUCACGACGAUGCAGGCUCUGAGGGAAGACGUCAAAAAUCGUACCCUGCAAGCCAUUGCUGCGCUUGGUCCACCACCUCCUUCAGUCAAACAAACCGACAUCAGCUAUAAAACCACAGAUGGAGCUGAGCUGCGCGCCCGACUCUACCAACCCACAUCACCGCCCGACGACGGCAGUCCAUUGAUUGUGAUGUUUUAUGGUGGUGGCUUCUGCCUGGGCAUUCCCGAGUCUGAAGAAAAGGCCUGUCGAGAAUUUGUACAAGCGUACAACGCCGUGUGCGUCUCCCCUGCCUACCGGCUUGCCCCGGAAUUCCCUUUCCCCCAAGGUCCCAAGGAUGCGUGGGACGCUCUCAAAUGGGCCGCGGAAAGCGCUUCCUCAUGGGGCGCCGAUCUAUCCAAGGGUUUCAUCGUUGGGGGCACAUCAGCUGGCGGCAACCUCGCCUGUGUUGUGACACACCUGGCGCGCGACGAAAGGCUGAAUCCGCCGCUGACGGGGCACUACCUGUGCAUUGCCGGGUUGGUCCCUCCCUCGCGAAUGCCAGAUAAGUACAAGAAAUGGGCGUACAGUUACGAGCAAAACAAAAAUGACCCGAUCAAUGGCCAAGCCGUGAUCGAUAUCUUUACGGCCGCGUACAAGCCUGAUCUUGACGAUGGCAUCUACAAUGGUCCUCUGAUCCACCCCAACGGUCACGCAGGCCUGCCACCGGUAUAUUUGCAAGUCGAUGGCGCAGAUACAUUACGUGACGACUCACUGAUCUAUGAAAGGAUAUUGCGAGAAGAGCAUGGGAUCAAGACAAAACUGGUCGUCUAUCCGGGUCUGCCUCACGCACAUUGGGCUUUCUUCCCUUCCUUGAAAGCCAGUGCCCAGUUUUGGCAGGACCAGCUGGAAGGGAUGGGAUGGCUAUUAGGGAGGGCCCCUGCCACGGCAACAAACUAG